AUGGUGACUGACUUUGAUGAAAAACAUGAUGAGUACUUAGUAUCCCUUCAGCAGAGAAACCGGCUACUGGGGCGUUUAAAAAGAAAGGAUCCUAUACAAAUCAAACUGGAGCAGUUAGAACAAGGAUUUUCUCUGUAUCUGAAUGGAGCUAAUUCAGAGCUGAGAAAUCACCGCAGAAAAAUCAGAUCACAUGGCUGCCUUAAAAAUGAGACAAAGACCAGCAGGACAAGUGCAGCUUGGCUAGAAGAGCACAUGUUGCGAGAACACAGCACACAGUCUGCACCAGGCAAAAUACAACGCAGAGGUUGGCUUCAGAAAAGUGUGGAGAUUAAAACAGAAAGGGGGGCUAAACUCUGCAUUAAACCUCCUCUUAAGUACUCUGAGGAUUUUGAACCUUAUGAAAGCUUGAGCGUGGAGACAAAUGGUGAUGAUCCUCUCCGGCACUCCCAGAAAUUGAGAAGAAGCUUGAAACUCGGUAUAGAAGAGAAAAGAAUGGAUGAAGAAUGUCUUAGUGAUGAUUACGAGUCUGUUGAAGAGGAUGUGUGUUCAGAACCAUCUCCCACUGAGGAAACAAUUACAAGCUUUGGAGGCCUCCAGCUGCAGUCACCUCAGAAAGAAGCUUCGGAACAUCAGGAUGCUGGGAGAUGCUCUGGCCUUGGUUCUGGUGUCCCCACUGUGCUGGAGUUCAACCAGGACCAAAGCAAAGUGAAGCCACCACGAGUCCUUUCAGCGAAAAGAAAAGACAAUGCUGAAAUGUACAUUCCUGUCAGACCAGUCGUGGUAAAAGAUAAAAUCACUCAGCCCCUCUCUGAUGAGUUCUCGCAGCAGGAAAGACAUGAAAGAAUUUGUUCUAGACCAUUAAGUCGACCAGAAAGACCACUUUCAGCAACUCGAAAGAGCGUGUGUGAGAAGGAUCCUGAUCUCUCCGUUUCAGCUGUGGUUAAAGCGAUGCAAAUUGAAAAUGAAGUCUUGCAGAGAGAUCUGCAGCGGCAGACAGUUUCCACAAGCCCUCACAAAAAAUCUUCUGUUUCAUCUAUUGUUUCUGCAACGGCUGAACCUCCAGAAGAAAGCCAGCCAAGGUCUGCAGUCGCAAAAGCUGUUGAGAAAAUGUGUCCUUUGGGAAGCAGACAACAGAAGAAACUUCUGAAAGUCUUUUCGGAGCCUGAGAGCCAUUCUGCGUGUGCUCAUGACAUAUUCCUGCCUGAUGACAAAUCUGAAGUAGAUUCCAUGUUGAGAGAGAAGAUGACAACCAGUAUGGAAGUACGUGAUGCCAUUUAUGUGACUAUGGAACUCCUUUCUAAUUGGGGAAAUCCAGUAAACGUGGGCCUGAGCGAGGUGGAAUUCUUUGAUUUACACAACGAAAAAAUAUUUGUGUCUCCUCAUGAUGUGGACAUUCGAAAUGCUGACAGCCCAGGGGAUUUGUGCUGCUUGGUCAAUAAGAACUUAAAUAUCACGAAGGAAAGCUUCCUGUGGAUGUGCCCUUUCCAUCCGCCCAUCCAACUUUACUUUGUUAUCCGCAAUCCCACCCAGUCACGUGACUUUGGUAUAUCCAAGAUCAAGAUUUGGAAUUACAACACAACAACUCCCUGUGACCUUAAUGUUGGAGCAAAGAAGGUGAAGCUUUAUGUUGAUGAGAACCUUGUAUUUGAUGGUGAAUUAGAGAGAGCCUCUGGAGAUCUCCUCACUGACCAUAGCACGACAAUUGACCUUACAGAUCACAAGCGAGAUAGCUCUGCAUGUUCUUCAGAUGAAAGGAAAGAAGCAAACACACCUACAGUCCCAGAGGAGAAAGCAGACCUACAUUUUAAAUGCUUACAGUCAAACAGUGCUUCACUAAACUGGAAAUCUCUGCCAGAAGAAAAUCUUCUUGAGCGUAAGAUGAACUCAAUCAGCUUUACAAAGAAAAAUUUGUCUGAGUUAGAGGAUGGUCUGAAAGUGUUACCAUCUCAAGCUUGUAUAAAAGAUGCCAAAGAGAAUGCAACAGUACAAGCGGUUACAGAGCGCAUUCGAUGUGAUGAUGAACUUUCUUUGAGUGAGCAAAUGGAAAAGGUAACAGGAAGAAAAUUGUCUGAUUCUACACAUGCAACUCCUUCUUGGUUACAGUCAUCUUCCCAACCAACAAAGAAUAAUAAAGUUGCUUCCAGUAAGCAGAAGCCUCCCUGGCUUGCUGCAGAACAUUGUUUAGGGUUGAGAUUUCAAACACAGCCAGAUCCGAUCAAUGAGGAUGUCAAAGGUCAGAGAAAUGAACUGGGAAGAUCUAGUAGAAAUGCCAAUGGAGAUGAGAGAUCACAAAUGACAGCCGGGAAGGAUGGUGAUGUGGGCUUGGACAUUUUGGAGCAACUUUCUAACAAAAAUUGCUGCAGCUUGCAGUACCCUACAAGUGGAAGGAGAAGUGUCAGAUGUGUAAAAAAGGCAGGAUUAAACACUCUAAAUCUUGGAGAAGAUGAUUUCGCUUUCAAAGAUGAAGACUACUCUGUCAAGGGCAUAGCAACCUCCAGAGCAAAGUGGCACAGCGAACAAGAACACACUCUGCAGGAGUUGUGGAACUCCUUGGUAAAGUUUAAUUAUUCCCAUCGCGGCCGAAUCUCUAACAUGGAUUUUCAAGGGGAUGUUUUCGAUGAGUUUCUCCAUCAACAGAAAAUCAACCGGCCUGGAGAAUAUCAGCAAAUGAGAAAAGAGGGAUUGCAAACAGUACCGAAAAGGCAAGAAGAAGAGAAUUCUUUAGAGGCACAUGAUGGAAAUGAUUUUAAGAUUCCUGUUUUACCUUCUGGGCAGCACUUGGUGAUAGACAUUCGAACAACAUGGGGAGACAGACAUUAUGUUGGUCUUAAUGGAAUUGAAGUUUUCAGUUCUAAAGGAGAGCCUGUUCAGAUUUCAAAAAUAACAGCUGAACCACCUGAUAUAAAUAUUUUACCAGCUUAUGGCAAUGAUCCCAGAAUAAUAACCAACCUAAUUGAUGGGGUAAAUCGGACGCAGGAUGAUAUGCAUCUCUGGCUAGCACCAUUUACCCCUGGAAAACCUCACUUCAUCUUUAUUGACUUCGUGAAUUCCUGUCAAGUAGCUAUGAUUAGGAUUUGGAAUUAUAAUAAAUCUCCUUUCAGAGGUGUGAAAGACAUUAUCAUGGUCUUAGAUGAACAAUGCAUCUUUAAAGGAGAAAUUGCCAAAGCUUCAGGAACCUUGUCUGGAGCUCCAGAGCACUUUGGGGAUACGAUACUCUUCACUACUGAUGAUGAUAUUCUUGAAGCUAUAUACUGCUAUGAUGAGACCUAUGAUGGAGAAAUGGAAGAUGUCAGCUCCUUGAGAUAUAAAGAAGAGCUCAAGAGACCAAAAACUGCUGAUAGGGAGGGAGACGAAAGACCUUUUACACAAGCGGGGUUAAGAACAGAGGAUCAACAGGUUCAAGAGCAGACCCUGCCGGACCCUGUCUCUGAAUGUCUACUCAAGGAAUCGGGAAUAUUUACCGGAAAAU